UACUGUGUACUUCAUUUUAAUCAUAUUGAAGAAAAAGGAUGCAGAAACUGGAAUAUUUACAUUUCAUUUUAAUUAUAAAUAACUUGUGGCCGAGUUGACUUGGUUGUGGCAGAGUUGACGUACUGCAGCGGAACUUUUUGUGGCUGAGUUGAUUUAUGGCCGAGUUGACUUCUGGCCGAGUUGACUGUGGCUGAGUUGACUUGUGGCCGAGUUGACUUGUGGCCGAGUUGACCUGCUUCCAUUGUAACUUCUACUGUAUGUCCAGAGAGACUUGAGAUUCAUACUUCUGAUUGGCUGUUUCCUUUGUAGCCAGUAGAUCAGAGAAGCUUUGUUUCAAAAUCAAAAGCAUGUUUACAGUGGCUGAUUAUAUAUUAUUAGUAUUAGUAUUUAUUUUUAUCUCUAUUACUAUUUUUGUAAACCCUUUUUUAUAUAUAUUUCGUUCUACCGCAGUAUUUUCUUACUAUUUUAUCACAGUAAUUAAGUUUUUACUGAUUUUGUUAUUGUUGCACAUCUUUACGGUUGUGCCUCUGUUAUAAAAGAGAAGCAAUAAAGUUACUUGUAUUGUAGCAUUUCAACAGUAUCCAACCUGCACAUGCAUUGCUGUUUAGAAAGGAAUUUUUGUCUCCACCACAAUGGCAAGUUGUAAUGCUGACCUGCACUGCUGGCUGCCUGUCAUCAAACCUAAAUUUUAUUCAAAGGUCAGUGCAGUUUUUUUGACAUCUCUGAAGAAAGUCCAGAUGGCAAUGUUUCUUUGAAAAAUGAUUUGCGAAUAAUUCCACCAACAAAAUUACACACUGAAAUUUUUACAGCAAAGUUGAAUGAGGAAAAUGGUAGGUGUAUCGUUGAUGAUAAACAAAGUAAAGGAAAAUAUGAAUUUGACAGGUUAAGUGACUACCUGGGAAUUAACAAGGAAGAGAAGAAUGAAAGUGAAAAUUAUGGAGAGAACUCCAAAUUAAUGCCCCAUUUGGAAAUCAAGAAAGAAGUAAAAUCUCAACAAACAUGUGGAAAUGGUUUAAAUCAAAUAAGGAAGUCUGAAAAACAUUUGAGAAUACAUAUAGAAAAAUUAAAAUGUAAACAUUGCGGUAUUAAGAACUGUAGGUGUAAUAAUGAUGUUCAAAAACAUUCAAUGAUACAUACAGACACACCAUAUGAUUGUAGGUAUUGUGCAAAGAAAUUUAAGAACAAUAUUGAAUUAUCAAUACAUUUGAAAGUGCAUGCAAGAGAGACAAUUUAUGAAUGCAAACAUUGUGAAAAGCCAUUUAAAAACAAAAACAAUUUGAAAAAUCACUUGAAGGUCCAUUAUAGAGGAGACACUCCAUAUGAAUGCAAACAAUGUGGAAAGAAAUUCAAAUCAGGUAGCAACUUGAAAAGACAUUUAAGGAUACACACAAGAAAGAGACCAUAUAAAUGUGAACAUUGUCAAAAGAAAUUUAAAGUCAGGGGCAGUAUGGAAAAACAUUUAAGAAUACAUACGGGAGAGAUGCCCUAUGAAUGUGAACAUUGUGGAAAGAAAUUUAUGUAUAGCGAUGGUUAUAAAAUACAUAUGAGGAAACAUACGGGAGAGACGCCAUAUGAAUGUGAACAUUGUGGGAGGAAAUUUAACCAAAGUGGUCAUUUGAAAAAACAUCUCAGGAUACACACAGGAGAAAAGCCAUAUGCAUGUGAACAUUGUGGAAAGAAAUUUAAUCAAAUUUCCCAUUUAAAAAGACAUUUGACGGGUCAUACAGGACAGCUACUGUAUGAAUGUGAAUAUUGUGGAAAAUUCUUUAGUCGUAUAGACGUCUUAAAAAUUCAUUUAAAGACACAUACAAGAGAGACACCAUAUGAAUGUAGUUGUGGAAAGAAAUUUAUGCGUAAUGACGUUUUUAAAAUACAUAUGAGAAAACAUACAGGAGAGACUCCAUAUGAUUGUAAACAAUGUGGGAAGAAGUUUAAAGACAACAGUAAUUAUAAAAGUCAUUUGAAGGUACAUACAGAAGAGAGACCAUACAAGUGUGAACAUUGUGGAAAGACUUUUAAAUACAGUGGCUAUUUUAAAAUACAUUUGAGGUUACAUACAGGAGAGAAGCCAUAUAAAUGUGAACACUGUGGGUUGAAAUUUAAUCAAAAAGGUGAAUUAAAUAGCCAUUUGAAAAAACAUACAAGAGAGAAGGAAUAUGAAUUUGAACAUUGUGGAAAGAAAUUUAAAGACAAUCGCAAUAUGAAAAGCCAUUCAAAGGUACAUAGAGUAAAAGACACCAAAUGAAUGUGGAUAUUGUGGAAAGAAGUUUCAGAAAAAGUGUGAUUUAAAAAGAUAUUUUGAAGAUUCAUACAGGAGAGACUGCAUGAAUGAGAACAUGGUGGAAAGAAAUUUAAAGAAAAUAGCGAUGUCAAAAGACAUUUAAUGGUACAUUUAGGAGAAAAACCCUAUAAAUGUGACCAUUGUGAAAAGAGAUUUCAGCGUAAAGAUUUUAAAAGACAUUUGAAGACACUUGCAUACAGGAAAAAUGCAAAUAAAAUGUGGAAAAAAAUUUAAAGACAAUAGUAAUUUUAAAAGCCAUUUGAAGUUACAUAGAGGAAAGAGAUUAUACAAAUGUGAACAUUGUGGAAAGAAUUUUAAAUACAAUGACAAUUCCAAAAUACAUUUAAUGUUACAUACAGGAGGGAAAUCAAAUGCGAACAUUGUGGAUUGAAAUUUAAUUUAUAAAAAAAAAAGAUGUGUUAAAAAACUAUUUGGUGUCUGAAUACAGGAGAAAAAGUGUUAAAGAAAUCUGAAGAAAGUAGCAACAGUAUUUCUAAAAUACAUUUGAGGUUUACACGGAGAGAAGGAAUAUACUACAUGUGAACAUUGGGAUUUAAUCAAAGUAUUAACCAAUUUAAAAGCCAUGGAACUUAUUGUGGUGGGAAGAAUUUUAAAACAAUAAGAAUUUGAAAAUCAUUUGAUGGACAGAUACCAUUAUUGUGAAUACUGUGUAAAUUGUUGUCAUACAACAAAUAAAUGUUAUGAGUGCAAUGGGAAGAAUAUUUUUAGGAGUUAAAUAAUGAUUGACUGUCCCAUUCAACAAGGCAGAGCAUGUUGCACUCAUUCAUUAUUUGUAUAAUACACACCUUAUCCAGAUACUUGUCAUUUGAUAUUCUGUAGGGGAAAAAAAUGUUAGGUGUACAGUACUUUUCUUCACAGUGGAACAGCCUCAUCUCCUUUCUUCUUUUGAGAAAUUUUAGUUUAGGUGUGUUAUAAAAGGAUACAUUCACAUGAUUGAUAAAACAUUAAUUAAAAUUAAUAUAUUUAAAAGAUAGUUUAGGUGUGUUAUA